UCAGUCUUUUUAACUUAGGCUCCAGUGUGCCGAGCAGUGUGCGCAUAUGUGGACUCCUAUGGGGUUGGUUUCUGAAUCCUGUUACUUGAAACCCAGCAGGAAGAUCCACUUUUACCCCGGAGACAUGACAGCCCACCGACAGUUAACUUCUGUUUACAUGGAACUCAGGAGUCUGCAAAUCAUGAUCUCAAGACCAGAGAAUGGCAGGUGAACAGAAACCCUCAAGUAACCUCUUGGAGCAGUUUAUUUUAUUAGCCAAAGGCACCAGCGGCUCAGCCCUCACCACUCUCAUAAGCCAGGUACUGGAGGCUCCUGGAGUUUAUGUUUUUGGAGAACUACUGGAGUUGGCCAAUGUUCAGGAGCUUGCAGAAGGAGCUAAUGCUGCAUAUUUGCAGUUGCUGAACCUGUUUGCCUAUGGUACAUACCCGGAUUACAUAGCCAACAAGGAGAGCCUGCCAGAACUGAGUGCAGCCCAGCAGAACAAGCUGAAGCAUCUUACCAUCGUGAGUUUGGCAUCAAGAAUGAAGUGUAUCCCCUACUCUGUGCUGCUGAAGGACCUGGAGAUGAGGAAUCUCCGGGAACUAGAAGACCUUAUCAUUGAGGCUGUCUACACUGACAUCAUCCAGGGCAAGCUGGACCAGCGAAACCAGCUCCUGGAAGUGGAUUUCUGCAUUGGCCGUGACAUCCAGAAGAAAGAUAUCAAUAAUAUUGUCAAGACCUUGCAUGAAUGGUGUGACGGCUGUGAGGCAGUUCUCCUGGGCAUUGAGCAGCAAGUUCUGAGAGCCAACCAGUACAAAGAGAACCACCACCGGACUCAGCAGCAGGUGGAAGCCGAGGUUAGCAACAUUAAGAAGACACUCAAAGCAACAGCGUCCUCCUCAGCUCAGGAAAUGGAGCAGCAGCUGGCUGAACGGGAGUGUCCCCCCCAUACUGAGCAGAGGCAACCCACUAAGAAGAUGUCCAAAGUGAAAGGUCUGGUCUCCAGCCGCCACUAGGGCCGGCUGGGGCAGCUGGCACUCAGCAGGCCUGGGUCAGGUGGGAGGGGACACCCAGGGCCUAUUUCCUCCCCUCUCUAACUGCAGUGAGUUCCAGAUCUGCCCGCCCCUCACCAGUACCUCCCCAUCCAUUGGUACCAUUUCGGAAAAUGAUUGCUCCUCCCUUGCCUCCUUUCCUAGUUGUUCCCUUCAGACUCAGGGGCUCAACGGAUGCCAUCCUAACAGGGUCCAACACUGCCUGGCUUCCCUGCAGGGUCCUUGUCUCUGGGAUGGGCUACCUCCCUCCCAGUUGUUCUUUUGCCCCUGUCAUUUUGUCAGGCUGGUCCUAAGCUGGAGGCAGUUUCCCCAGCCCCGAGGGAUGACUGUGGAGGUGGCUCCUCUCUGAGUGAAGAGGGGGCCUUGCUUCUCCAGCCCCAUGUACCACAGUACCCACAAUGGUGCAAGUGUCUCUAGCCAGGUAGCCACAUUGUUUCCCUCUCCUGCCUUACCCCUGUUGGCAGUGCCAGUGCAGGCCAUGGAGGGAUGUGGUGCUGGGCUAUGUUUACUAAACCUUUGGGUUUUCAGCCUCUUAAGCCCAGCCAGGAUCUCUCAUCGAGUUGGGGCACUAGGCUGACUAACCUCUGGUGUCUGAUACCAGUGGGGGUGCUUGGGUCUGUGGCGGCAGAAGGAGUUUCUCCUAGCUUGGUGUCCUCUGCUGGCUGCUCUUCCUGCUGCCUCUGACCGCUCAGCCUUGAUUUGGCAUUUAGGCUGCCCACUGCCCACUGGGAUUGUCUGGCAACAUUUGCUCUCCCAAGAUCUUUCAUGCCUCCUGGCUGCCCCUGGGGUAGGAGUGGUGGUGCCGAAGCCCCUCAGACUGGUGAAGGACCAUUGCUGCUUCUUUCUCCUUCCCACCCCUCCUUGGCUGGCAACCCAGAACCCUCUGAUGACAUCAUACUCCACUCCUGGCCAGAGAAAAGGACUUGACUAGACUUUCUGAACUUGAACAGUUUCAGGUUAUAUUUUAAUUUUUUUUUGUACAGGUUGAUUCUAAUACAUUUCAACAUGCUUUUUUCUCC